AGAAUGGUGGAUUUAAUAAAUUGACAUCAACUGUAGCUGGUUUAGUUAAACCUGGUAAAUAUGAAGAUAGUGGAUUUGAUCCUAAAGAAUGGUUAGAUCCCGGGGAUGAAAGAAAAAUGGCAUUAUUUACACAAUAUGCAAUUUGUGCAGCAAAACAAGCAUUAUUUGAUGCUGAAUGGAUUUCUAUAUCAGAUGAUGAUAAAGAAAAAACUGGAGUUUGCAUAGGAUCAGGAAUAGGAAGUUUUCAGGAUAUAAUUGAUACCAGUAUGAUUUAUAAAGAACAUGCAUGUAAAUCCUCAUUCUAUGAUUAUGGUGCACAUAAAGUAAAUCCAAUGUUUAUACCAAGAGUUUUAAUAAAUAUGGCAGCAGGUCACUUAAGUUUGAAAUAUGGGUUUCAUGGUCCAAAUCACUCAGUGUCAACAGCAUGUACUACCGGUGCACAUUCAAUAGGUGAUGCUAGUAGAUUCAUACAGUUUGGUGAUGCUGAUGUUAUGAUUGCAGCAACAAAAUUUAAUGACAAUCCAAAGGAAGCUUCAAGGCCAUUUGAUAAAGAUCGAAAUGGUUUUGUGAUAAGUGAAGGUGCUGGAAUGCUUGUGCUGGAGGAAUAUCAUCAUGCCAUAAGUCGUGGUGCUCGUAUAUAUGCAGAAAUAUGUGGUUAUGGGUUAUCAGGUGAUGCCUAUCAUAUGACUGCACCACAUGAAAAUGGACAUGGAGCAAAAUUAGCAAUGAUUAGAUCAUUGAAUCAUUCAAAAAUAUUGCCAAAAGACAUAGAUUAUAUAAAUACACAUGCUACCUCAACCCUGAUAGGUGAUGUAGCUGAAAUCAAAGCAAUUCAUUCAUUGUUUCAUUCUAAAGAUAAUAAUAAUAAGAAAAAUUUAGCAAUUUCUUCAACUAAAGGAUCAAUUGGACAUUUAUUAGGAGCUGCUGGUGCAGUUGAAGCUAUCUUUACAAUACUAGCAAUUUAUCAUGACAUAUUGCCACCUAAUCUAAAUCUGAAUAGCUUGGAUUCACAAUUAGAAAAAACAAGUCAAUUUAAUUUUGUACAGACACCAAUUGAUCAGAAGGUGAAUUAUGCAUUGACUAAUAGUUUUGGAUUUGGUGGAACAAAUGCAUCAUUGUGUUUUAAAAAGUUUGGAAUUAUUAUAACACCAACAAUAUUAUAUUAUUAUUUUUACAAUAACUCAUCCAAAGAUUUUUUAUCGUCAACACAAUUUAUAUAUUGUAAAAUAACUUCAAUCAAACAAAUUAAUCAUAAUACUACAUUAUAUCGUCUUCGAUUACCAAAUCCGCUAAAUCAACCAUUACCAAUAUCUUCUUGCAUUCAAAUAAAAGAUGAAGCAGCUCAAAUAUUACGUGAAUAUACACCAAUUAAUAAUACUGAUGAUGAUAAAAGUUAUUUAGAAUUGUUGAUUAAAAAAUAUAAAAAUGGAUACAUGUCAAAUUAUUUGAAUAGUUUAAAAGUUGGUGAUUCAGUUAGUAUCAGAGGACCUUUGACCACUUGGAAAUAUGAGACAAAUAUGAAAAAAUAUAUUGGAAUGAUUUGUGGUGGAACAGGAAUUACUCCAAUGAAGCAAAUAAUAAGUCAUAUUUUGCAAAAUCCAGAUGAUAAAACCAAAUUAUUUUUACUAUAUUCAAGUUUGUCAAAAAGCGAUGUUUUAUUAUAUGAUGAGUUGAAUGAAUUGGCAAAUAAAUAUCCUGAUAGAUUGAAAAUUUAUUACACCAUCGACAAUCCGCCAUCACCUGGAAAUAGUAAUGAUGAUUGGAAGUGGGGAGUAGGAUUUAUAAAUGAAGAUAUGAUAAAGAAAUUUUUACCCAAUCCAAACGAAGAUAUAAUGAUAUUGGUUUGUGGACCUGAUGGUUUGAUUAGACAUAUAAGUGGUGAUAAAGGAAAAAAUUUCUCCCAAGGUGCUAUUGGUGGAUUAUUAAAGAGAUUGGGUUACAAUAAAUCGCAAGUUUUUAAAUUUUAA